GCGUUCUCCAUUCCCCGGAGUACAACCGACCAGACCAGUCGCUCCUCUGAAUCCGCCGAAGAAACAUCUCUCUCCUCUUAAAACCAUCUUUUGAUUUCUUAUCGGAACUGAGAAGAUGCUCGCUCAAAGUGUUCUCGUCACCGGUUGCAGCCGCGGCAUCGGCUUGGAGUUUGUUCGGCAGCUGGUAUCGUGCGAUAAACCUCCGGCCGUGGUCAUAGGUACUUGCAGGAAUCCGGACAAAGCUGAAGAACUGCAACAACUCGCAAAGAAAUAUUCAAACCUGAAGAUCAUCAAAUUUGACGUGGUAGACUACGCCAGCCUCCCCCGCGUGGUCGAGGAGGUCGGGCGGGCCGUGGGCGACGGGGGACUCAACCUCCUGAUCAACAACGCGGGCGUCAUGGACAAGUGCCCCUCGCAGAUGUUCGGCGUCCCCCUGCAGCAGCUCGAGGCCAAGCUGUUCAGCGAGGUCCUCGAGACCAACACCACGGCGCCCCUCAUGCUCAUCAAGGAGCUGCUUCCCCUCCUCCGAAAGGCCGCAGCGUCGAGCACGGGUCCUAUGGGCGUGUCCAGGGCAGCCGUGAUCAACAUGUCCACCAUCCUGGCUUCGAUGGGCAGCUUCGUGGGCAACGCUGACAUCUAUGGCUACCGGGCGAGCAAGACCGCCCUCAACAUGCUGACGAAGGCCCUGUCGGUGGACUUGGGGCACGAGGGCCUGCUGUUCGUGGCGCUGCACCCCGGCUGGGUCCAGACCGACAUGGGCACGAGCGCGGGCAUGAUGACGACGGAGCAGAGCGUCAGGGACAUGCUCCAGCUGAUGGCGACGCUGACGGAGAAGAACAACGGCGGUUUUUUGGCGCACGACGGAAGCGAGCUGCCCUGGUGAGGCGGAAUGCGCGCGGCGGACUUCAGCUUUUUGGGGGAAGGUGUUGGGCAUUUGUUUUUAGCCGUGUUCUGAUUGUUGCGUCGUUCUUUUUCAUCUGACGAUUUAUUUGUUUCUACGUUUGUUCCUCCGCAUCAUUGCCAUUUUUUUCCCUCUACCGUUUUGUCUUAGUCGCUUCGUUCUCCAUUUUCUCCUCCUUCACCACUGCCUCUUCUUCUUCUUCUACUUCUCUUUCUCCUCCUCCUCCUCCUUUUCUCUUCAAGAUUGUCAGAUAAAGAGUGCCAAAUGUAAAAGAAAAACGUUUAAUAAAUUAUUAGAAAAUUAA